AUGCCGACACCGAUAGAGCAGGCGCUCAUUACACUCGUGCCGACCCUCAAUUCCCUCCCACAAGAGCUCAUCGACCUCUCAACCUCUCUCCUGGCUCAAUCACGAAACAAAGCCUCCUCACUCAAGCCCGAAGAGGAGAUCGGAAGAACAUAUGCUUGCGCACACAUCGCAGUCGAGCGUUUGAAACCUCGCUUAGACAUCGACAAGGUCGUUGCCAGGCCACCCGUCGCACCGAGAAUCUACAAGAAGCUAUAUGGGUAUCUGGACACAUCAUUGAAGGAGCCUGCGACACCGAGAACGAACAGGCUGAAAGAUGUAGAGACCGUGGGUACACCUGGAAGUGGAAGAGGUCGGAGAAGUGCGGCGGAUACGCCGUCCAAGACCCCUGCGAAGACUGUCAAAAGUGCUGGUGCCACGCCUUCGAAGACGCCAGCGUCCGUUGCGAAGAGUGUGGGAAGUGUUACGACAUCUGGCAGGAGGACGAGAUCGGCGUUCAAGGCUCCAGAAGCAAAAGACGAGGCCACAGUACAGGACUCGGAAGAAGAGAGACAGAAGGAGGCAGCACAACAAGAAGAGAAGGAUGAUAGCCUGCCCGACCAAGUACGACCAAUGGCUGAAGCAGUCUGCGAUGCUCUCGACGUACCACAAGCCACACCACACGUCUGCGCAGCUCUCUCUGCUAUUCUGCACCUACGAGGCUGGAACGACACAAAGUCAGAGCCUCCCAAAUCAACCCCUCGGUCUUCUGCCAAAAAGCGAAAACAACCACUGACAGACACAAUUGACGUCGCGGCAAUCGAAGACCCCUCCUCAAUAACACCAACAUCUCUUCCAGCACUCAUUGCAGCCGUCUCUCUAGUUACCACCUUUACGCUCCGCAACACUGUUAUAGACGGCACAACCUAUGCAACCGCUCGCUCCUCCACCAUCACCGCACUUGAACCCAACGGACCCUUACCAAUAGACGUCGAUACCUUCCUACACGCCAGCAAAGCAGAAGGCUGGCUUGAGCUCCCAUGGUUCACUACCGUCAAGGCCUCUACCAUCACAUCCAUCCCUCAAGCACAAACACCAAAGAAGAACAAACCCCCUGCCAAAACGCCUCUACACAGAAAGGAAAAACAUGCUCCGAGACCAGUAGCCAAAGACGCGGAAAUGGAUAUAGUCAUGGAGGAUGUGGACGCAGAAGCUGAGGAAGAAGACAACGAUAGACCUGGUGCUGGACUGAGAUCAGGCUUAGGGACUAUGUUUCAAGAUUCUGUGGAUUGGUUGAGUGGAGAGAGAAGGAAAGCUUAUAGAUCGUGGGAGCAGAGUGUCAGAGAGAGGUGUGCUCAGAUACAGGGUCGAGCUUGA